AUGGAAAAUAGCACAUCAUCUAAUCAUAAGCGAAGCUCUGAUCGUCAUCGCCAUAGCUCUAAACGUGAUUCUCCAUCUCGAAAUGAUGGACAUCCAAAACAUCAUCAUCAUAAAACCCACAAAAAAAGACGUCGGCGCUCACGCAGUCACUCUUUCUCAGAUUCUCUGUCACCGAUUGGAAGGAAAAAUCCGGUUGUAUAUAUGAACCCUGCUUUUCAGUCUACAUACAGCGGUUCGGGAGGUUCGACACAGUCAGAUUUUGAAUUGCGUACCACUUUGAUUAGUCAGCUGUCAGCAAGUGAACAGCGAAUAAGCUCUUUGGAAUCUGAGCUAAGAGCUGCACAGUUAGCCCGUGGACGAGCUGAGCAAACUGUAUUCGAUGUCAACGCAGAGAAAUUACGUUUGGAAGCACAAAAUUCUGAGAUUUUACAGGUGAUGAAGACACUUGAACGUGCAGUGGAAGAUUUGCAAAAAACUUGUGGUGGUUUGAGAGCAGAAUGCGAUCGGCGCCGACGAGAUGCAGAAAAUGGUGAGAAAACCAUCAUAUCAUGCAAAGAACAAAAUAAGUUUCUGAAUGAAAGGAAUAUGAAACUUGUGAAAAAAUGUGAGGAGCUAUGUGAAGAAAAUAAAGCUUUUCUUAGCAGGCGUGAUGAAUCGACAAAAGAACUGGCUGAAAUGCGACCACGAUUCGAAGGAUUGCAGGGUGAGCUAAGGCAAAGAGUUGAAGAGGGCAGAAAAAUGGUGGCACAGUUGAGAAGUUAUGAAGAAAAGGAACGAAUAUGGAAAAAGGAAAAAGCAGACCUGGAGAAACGGAUUGAGAUCAAGGAUGCAAUGGCAGCAGCAGAAAGGAAGAAUAAUGAUGAGUGGAAAAAGCGGCAUCUUACAGAAAAAGCUGAGCUGGAACGGAAAGUUAAACUUGCUGAACCGGAAAUACGCCGUGCACUCGAUGCCGAAACAAUAAAGAACGCAAUAGAAGACAUUCGGGCAUUUUACGAGCAGAAACUGGAACUAACAUUGAAUGAGCUAAAUACGUUCAAAAAGAAGCAUUCAAAAACUGCAGCAGUGUCAUCUUCGUCUUCCGCUAACCUUCAAAAAUGUCGUCCGAUGUCGGCACCCCCAGUUUGUUGUAUACCGCCUUCCAAUGCCCACCUUUCGAAUGGUCUUCCCUCUGUUUCAUCUGAUUUAAUGAUAAGAACACAUUUUUUACCAUCUAGUUCACUCACUGAUAAUGAUAUGAUCGAUAAUGAUGACAGCAGUCAUUUUUAG